AUGAUCUUCUAUCGCUUCGACAUCAACACAUGGCAGUCCUUUCGACUGAGCAUGUGGUCGGUCUGCGCCGGCCAGCCCGGCAAGGUCUCUUUUGCGCCAAGCACCAUGGCCGACAUUGGCCAACCAGAGGUGUUCCGAUGCCAGGAGACACCGAUCGGGUGGAAGGGCAGCACAGUCACUGAAAACUUCUUUAGCCGGUCACUCUCCCAAGCACUCCUUCUGCAUCCACUGGCAAUCUACUUUUCCGCCGUUGGCGCCAUGGCAUCCCUCUCGUCCUGGAAACCGGCCCGGACGAGCGAUAUGCUGGCCAUCUGCGCCUCCGUGGCCUCUGCCAUGCCUGUGCUCGCUUUCCUCGCCGACGCGUUCCUCUUUGCAUCAGCCUCUUUCAACCUCACCAAUGGAGAAAAGACGCUGCAGUACCUCGGCGGGAAAGUGACGUCGAAGCAGCUCGGCCUCGCCUCGUGGCUGGCCCUCGCCAGCGCAGUCGUGUCGCUCCUGGGCGGCUCGCUGGCCCUUUUGGCCUAUUGGGAACGCAUUAACCAUGAAGGAGCCGCAGUGGUGCCCGGGACGGGAAGGUGGCUACUCCGGCGACAAGAAAAUCGCGCUUUUGAUCUCCCGCUCGUCGGCUCCACCAUGACGACGACAAAUUCAGCAGCGGCCACAGACGCCGACGCGUCGCAGACAAUGCUCGUCGCCUCAUCGGGCGAGAAGCUCAAGGUUUCGCCGGUCCCUCCCUCGCCCGAGGUCGAGGAGGGCUAUGGGCACAGCUUCUCCGCCUUUGCGCUGCAGCAGCAACAGCAUCAGCAGCAGCUCGAUGAGCAGAGCCACAAGCUCGAUCUGAUGCUCAACAACGACGAGCCGUCGACGUGCACCACCUCAAGGGUCUCGAGUAUAGGUCUGAGAAGUAACAGCAACAGCAGCGGAAGCGGCAGCUCUGGAAGCGCGAGCAGAAGCAUGAGUCCGUUCGGUUCUCCUCGUUGA